ACAUCUUUAUGAAUCAUUUUUAAUCUGAUUCGAAAGCCAAUUUCCAUUGCUGACUUGAAAUGUUACUGCUGCCGGCAGAGUUAAUAGGAAAAAAUUUGCUUAUUUCUCAGAACAACAAAGAUCAAGUUAUCACCACGGAAACGAUCAUCACGCAGAAGUUGAAUAACCCGUACCUCCGGUGGAAUCCUGCUGAUUAUGACGGAAUACAAAAGAUUCUUGUGGAUCCAAAUGAAAUAUGGGUUCCAGAUAUAGUGCUGGAAAACAAUGCCGAUGAUGAGGUUGUUCAAGCAGGCCACUUGGAAAAAUUCCGAAGUUGGGUGCUACUGAAGAGCGACGGAAAUAAUACGUGGCUGUCCCCUGCAACUUUCAAGAGUACCUGCACCCUCGACGUACAGUUCUUUCCUUUUGACAAACAGAGGUGUAACAUGGUGUUUCGAUCGCUGACCUCUGAUAGCUCCAUCUUGAACAUUGACACGAAACAAAUUGAGAGCGAAAAUCCCGAGGAAGUUUCACGUUGUGCCGAUGAUGAGGUUGUUCAAGCAGGCCACUUGGAAAAAUUCCGAAGUUGGGUGCUACUGAAGAGCGACGGAAAUAAUACGUGGCUGUCCCCUGCAACUUUCAAGAGUACCUGCACCCUCGACGUACAGUUCUUUCCUUUUGACAAACAGAGGUGUAACAUGGUGUUUCGAUCGCUGACCUCUGAUAGCUCCAUCUUGGACAUUGACACGAAACAAAUUGAGAGCGAAAAUCCCGAGGAAGAUCUCAAACUAAGUACAUCUAAUGGUUACUGGACACUGCGAAGUAUCGAGAUCAAAGGAGGAGAGUACAAGCGCAGUCGCGAUCAAAAAUUCCGCGAGGUAGACUUGUCAUUUUUCAUUGGACGGAGGCCCACGCAUUUUGUUGUCUUCUCGAUCGUCCCCUGUAUGAUCAUCGGCAUGCUGGUUCUGGUGAGUUUCUUCAUUCCAGCGGAAAGCGGCGAGCGAAUCGGCCUGUGUGCAACCAUUCUGUUGGCUGUCAGCGUAUACCUGCUCGUUGUCACUGAACAGCUUCCGGAACAGUCGGAGACACUGCCCCUAAUUGGGGUUUACUAUAUCGUGAUCAUGUUUGAGAUUGGACUGGCGCUGGCCGCAACUGUUCUCGUAUUGAUGGCUCACCACGCUACCUCAGAACCACCCCGCUACCUGGCUUACAUUACAGUUUUGAACAGGAUUGGUUGCAGGAAAAAGAAGACACGCAAGAGUUUCAGGUUAGGCUCUCCAACCACUCUUAGAGUUGGCGCAGAAAACGCCGGCACGACGGUGGUCCAGAACGAUAACGUUGAGCUGGGAGAGGCGGGGAGGCAGUCACCAGCGGCUGAUUUGCCAAAAGAGCAACGGCCGUCAACUGCCUAUUCCAUCGUCCAACUUGUUAAUGAAGAAGACGAAAACCAAGAAGCCUGGAAGGAGAUCGCUCGUGCGCUCGAUCGCAUUUUCUUCUGGUUAUUUUUGACGCUGUUUGUGGUGUCGUCUAUUGUUGUUUACGGACAAGCAGGACGGCUAAGAUCGCUUGACUCAUUCGAUGAUUAAAAUAAUUUCCUCUGGUUUUGUAUUUAGAGCGGUUUUCAAUUGAUGGCCACAUCUUAACAUGAUUUAAUCAGGACUCAAAAAAAAAAAAA